CACACACAGUAGCAUUAAGAACAACAAAAUUAGAUAAGGAAACACAGACAGCAAAACGAAACACAAGUUCAGAUGAAUUCAAACACACAACGAACACAAAGUAAUGCAAUCGACACCGGCACCGGCACACUCAGCAGAGAUGAAUUCAGUCACGAGAUUCCCAACCCACAUAAACCCUAAAUUUGUAAUUAGGGCUCAGAUUUAACAAGAAAAACACACAACGAACACAGAGCAUUGCAAUCAAUCAAUAGCGUAGCGUACCUAUGAAGUGCGAAGACUAAAUGUUGAGACGCCGACGAGAUGCAAGGUGAUGGCAACCGGAAAUCGCGAGGGAGAGAGUGGGAGAGAAGGAGGAGAAGACAAGGUUUCCAGGAGAAGGAGAGAACAGUAGAAAAAAAAAGUAACGAUUAAAAAAAUAAUUACUACUCUAUUAACCAAUGGUAAAUAACAAAACAAAAAAUAAAACAAGGGCACUUAAGCAAAUAUAAAAAUAUUCUGUUCUGAAUUAAUCAUGCUACCUCAUUUAAAAUGUGUAUCAUUAUUACUGGUACACAUAACUCAGGUAAAUUACACUCAUUUGUGUUAAGGCACCAGAGUGUGCACCUAUAUCACCAUUUUGCCCCGAGUUCAAUCGAAACCGACAAAUGGACAACCCUGGGGAGUUGGGUUUGGGGCCCCCCCUAUGGGGCUCCCCGCCCCACUUAAAGUGGGGAAAUUACUGGAACGCCCCCCUUUAAUAGAAUACGGAAGCAACAUUUCCGUGUUCAAUACGGAAGUCUUAUAUCCGUAUUAUAUUAGUAUGUAAACCGGCAAGGGUUUAUUCAAACCCAUUUCAAACUUCAUUCCGUAUUUUGCCAAGCUCUUCUCCCCUCUUCAACCUUCGAUCUCUGUCGCUCCCCUUGCUUGAACCGUGUACUUGAAAGGUUCCAUCAUCUCCAUCAAAGCUCUUCACAACCCCAUUCUCAGAAUUGAAACCUAGAGUGAGAAUGAAGAACAGAAAGAGGUCUCAUGCUUCUAGUGAGGAUGUCGGGGCUACUGAGGAUAGACACCGGCGGUUACAUGCUUCUAGCCGGCGCGGCGAUCAUGCUGCAACCUCUCAGGCGGUGGAGGCUUCAGCUCCAGUUGUUUCUCCGCCGUCUCCCAUGAUUGAGGUUCCUCUGGUUGAUUAUCCGCCGUCUCCCACGGUUGAGAUACCUACAGUUGUUUCUCCGCCCUCUCCCAUGGUUGAGUCAUCAGGCGAGGAGUCCUCAGGCGAGGAGUCCUCAGGCGAGGAGUCCUCAGGCGAGGCCUCAUCCGGCAUGGGAGGAUCUGACGAGGAUAGUAUUCCUCCGCCUACUGUUGAUGCUGAUGUCCUGCCGCCAGAGCAGGGGGAGCAGGGGGCACAGGGUGGCGAGGAGGACCUGAUCCAGAGGUUGCCGCCGUUUCCGGGGGGGGCUGUUGAGCUAUCGCUCCUCACCCAUUAUGCUGAUCACAAGGCUCCCUGGGCGUGGCAUGCACUCCUACGCACAGACGAGCGGUAUGUGGACCGUCGACAGUUGAAGGUGGCCACAGCUGGGGGGAAGGUUUGGAACCUUGCUUGUGAUGGUGAUUCAGACAAUCACAGGCGGGUUCGAGAGUUGAUUGCAAAUAAAUGCGAGACAUCUAUACUUAUACACGGGGGCACAAAUGCUGGUGGUGGCACCUCUGUAGUGGCCUCUUCAGGUUGACCAUUGUGAAUCCAGCUUCAA